UCUUGACAGUUUCAAUAGAUGCAAAAAAUAUCCUGGCCACGGCAGCAGCAGCUUCACCCACGGAUGCUGCGCUCCCCCCCACACACACCUGCAAGACACCUUUCAUACCCCGGAGCCACAUCUUGAAAUCACUCUUGCUUUUUAUUUAACGUCAAUCCAAAAGUUGACACGCAAACAAUGGCAGAAGGGACCAUCGUCACCGAUGGUGAUGCAGCAACCAAGGAGAAACAAGCCGAGGAGGAGCCGGAGAAGCAAGAGAACGGGGACCGCCAGGUGAGCGUCCCCGAGGAAAGCACGGAGAGCACAUUUGUACACCCGGAGGGCGGCUGGGGAUGGCUGGUCAUGCUCGCUGCCAUGUGGUGCAAUGGUUCGGUGUUCGGAAUCCAGAAUGCCUUCGGUAUCCUCUUCCUCUCCCUCCUACGCGAGUUCGGCUCCGAGGACGAUGAAGACCUCCGCUUCAAGACAGCGUGGGUUGGCUCCCUCUCCAUGGGGAUGAUCUUCUUCUGGUCUCCAAUCGUAAGCGUCUUCACGGAUAUUCUUGGAUGCAGAGUUACUGCCAUCGGUGGAGCAGCAGUCGGCUUGGUCGGUCUCCUGGCCAGCUCUUUUGUCACGUCUUUAGGCCCAAUGUACUUCACCUAUGGGAUUGUGUUUUCCUGCGGCUGCUCCUUUGCCUACCAGCCCAGCCUGGUCAUCUUGGGCCACUAUUUUAAGAAGCGCCUUGGCUUGGUGAACGGCAUUGUGACUGCUGGCAGCAGCGUUUUCACCAUCACCCUUCCCUUCCUGCUGUCUUGCCUGCUGGAUAAAGUGGGCUUGCAGAACACCAUGCGCUUCCUUUGCAUCUUCAUGUUUGUGCUCAUGUUGGCCGGCUUCACCUAUAAGCCUCUGCUGCCUCGCAAACCCAGUAGUGCACGUGGUGGUUGUCCACCUCUGAGCCAGAUCUUCAACGUCAACAUUUGGAAAUCCGUGGGAUAUCGCAUAUGGGCUUUCGGUAUCCCGGCGGCACUUUAUGGCUACUUUGUGCCUUACGUUCAUCUGAUGAAGCAUGUGGAGGAGCGCUUUGGGGUGGAUUCCAAUAAAGAAAUUUUGCUCAUGUGCAUCGGCAUCACAUCUGGUUUUGGACGACUCAUUUUCGGCAGGGUUGCCGACUACGUUCAUGGGGUCAACAAAGUCUACCUGCAGGUGACUUCCUUCUUCGUUAUCGGCCUGAUGUCUAUGAUGAUCCCGCUUUGCAACAUCUUCGGAGGGCUGAUCGCCGUGUGUCUGCUUAUGGGGAUGUUUGACGGCUGCUUCAUCUGCAUCAUGGCUCCCAUCGCCUUUGAGCUGGUCGGACCUGAGGAUGUGUCCCAAGCCAUCGGUUUUCUCCUGGGUCUCAUGUCCGUGCCCAUGACUGUGGGACCCCCAAUCGCAGGCUUCCUCAGGGAUAGAUUGGGAAACUACGAUUUGGCCUUCUACCUGGCAGGCAUCCCCCCGCUCAUUGGAGGGGCUAUGCUAUGUCUGAUCCCAUGGGUGGAGGCCAGGAGCAAGAGAGCAAAAGAAGAAGCGCUCAAGGACGUCAACCAAAAGAUGUUAGAACACGAGAAGCCUCAGGAGGAUGCACAAAUCAAAGCUGGGGAGUCAAUCCUCUAAUCGCUGCACUGUGACGCAAAAAAGGGUCUGACUAAGACAGUUUGUGCGCGAUUAGUAAAGAUCCUAACGAGUGCCUUCAAUAGCAGGUCUUGCAAAUGCCAAAGUGAGGAAACAGAGGUUGAAGUACUUUAAUUGAACAUGAAUGUAAUCACGAGGAACUAUGCAAUGAAAUUUGAAGUCUUUUAAAAUAUGGAAAAGUGCUUUUAUUCUGAAGGGAAACUGAAAGGAGGCUGCCGUCCCUUUUUUUUUUUUACUCGUUCAUGACGGAUGAUACUCAAAAGGGAAAUCCCUUUAUCUGUGUUCGGGCCGUAAUGUGAAAGUGCAUUUAGGAUUUUAUGAUAAAAAAGCAGUGGGUUUCCUAAAUUUUUUUAAAUUCGUAAACUGAAUUAGUGGUCCAUGUAUCGCCAUUACGUCAACAUCUUCCUAACAAGCAGACUCUCAACAUUUGAAUUGUCUGGAGUGUAACAACACAAUGAAUGUAGUUUGUGAAUCAUAAUAAAAUUUAGAUUAAUCAGAUCGUAACAAGGUCCACUUUCCAAACAACAGGUGAAUGACCUCAUAAAAGGACCUAUAUGGGGCAAGGAAAUAAACAGAGAAUGUGUGUUUGAAUAAUCAUUCAUUUAAGGCCACAUGUGGCUAAGAGGUGCACAAAUGAAAAUUCUCCCAGCCAGUGAAACAUCAUUGCAUGUGAAAAUUAGGAUUUCCUUUCAAAUAUAUAACAUACUUUUUUUUUUUUUUUUACUGCAGUCUGGAAAGUUUGGAAACAUUGACUUGAAAAUUCCGCUCGCCAGACUAAUUCUGCAUUCGGGGAAGGUGGGAAUGUAAACAACAAAGAUGGCUGCUUUGUUGUUCUCGUUUAUCACGACGCAUUUUGACAAAUCAGGCACUUCUAAAAGGAUUUUGAUGUGAAUUGGAAAAUCUGGCUCUUAGUGACGCAAAGGUCAGAUUACGUCAAAUGAGUUUACGAAAUGUCCGUUGGAUUCGUGUUUUAUUUAUUUCCGUUUCUUUUUUGCAAAAUGUCAUGCCGUAAUUGUCAUUUGCUUAUUUACCAGAGACCAUUUAUGCUUUAAAAAGUGAACAUUCUCAAUCGUAAUAACGACCACAUGUAAUUACCAAUCAAACAAUCAUUUUGUUGUUGUAUUUUGCUUCACAGAACUGUGACACACAUUACCUCAGAUGUGGAAAAAGUAACUGACGUGUCCGUCCAUACAUCAGAGGCUUUGUUCAUGUUUCAAUGUUUGCAUGACAAGCUGAGUCUUGGAAAUGAAUCCAACAAAAUGUCUCAAAUCUUUUACAUCUGUGGUGUUUAUAUACAGUAUAAUGAACGUUGGCCUAUCAUACCAUUUCAUCCUCAUAGUUGCCUCUUCUUUCUGAUCAGUCAUUUCCCCAGUGCACAUGACUAUCAGACAUCUUGCUAAACUGUCUGCCAUUGCUUUGCCUUGCUAUGUCAAUAUGCAUAAUCUUAAUUUUCCCAUAUCCUCAUGGUAUGGGAUUUAUUCCACCCGAAGAGACAAUAAGUGCAGAAUGUAUAUAUUUUGCUUUUCUCUGCAGUAAUUACUUACACAUACAGUGCCUUAUAAAAAUGCCUUAUCUUUUUAUGUAACAUGUUUUUCUUUUUUUCCCGUGUCAUGUUUAUUUCUGCUCCAUGUUUGAAAGCAUUUCUGAUGAUCUUAUAGCAUUUUUUUUUUUUUUUUAUUCUUUAUAAUUGUACUUUAAACUAUUCACUAUUAUCAGUGCAUUUGUGCAUGUUGACCUUUCUGCAAGUACAGAUUAUUGUUCUGUAUAAAGACAGCUAUUUCCGUUCCUUGUAUGUAGUCCAACUUGUGAAAUGUUCAACGUUGACAUUUUAUUGUUUGCUGUGCUGGGUUUUAAAAUUUCGAGUACCAUUGCCACGGGAUAAUGGCACAAUGAAAGGGAUUUUGUGAAAACUGCCAUAUCAGUGAACAGUCCAAAAAAAGAAAGUCACUAUGUACAUACCAUGUUUGUUCAGUUGUUGCUUUCCCUAUCCUACAGAUAAAAAAAA